AUGGGCCACGGCAGCUCCUGGUCCUGCUUCUUCACCCCCAUCGCCUCCCCUCUCUGCUCCCAAGAGGUCGCCCUCGCCCUCUCCACUAAUCAACUACCGCCAUGUGUCGCCCCAGCGGAGGGCUACAGGGCGGCAGCAGCGGCAGCGGAGAGGGUGGUGUGUGUGAACACGUCGGCCCUCAACGACCUCAAGUUCGAAGCCUCCGCUGCCGGGUCAGUUGCAGAGCGGCCUUGGGCCGGUGAGGAUGGGUUCAGUUCGGUUGGAUGUGGCAGCAGCAGCAGGUGUGGAGCUUGUGUGCUUCAUGGCUGUGAUUUGAUUCUUGGCGAUCCAGAGGUGGCAGGUGGGAUCCAGAGGUGGCAGGUGGGAUCCAGAGGUGGCAGGUGGGAUCCAGAGGUGGCAGGUGGGAUCCAGAGGUGGCAGGUGGGAUCCAGAGGUGGCAGGUGGGAUCCAGAGGUGGCAGGUGGGAUCCAGAGGUGGCAGGUGGGAUCCAGAGGUGGCAGGUGGGAUCCAGAGGUGGCAGGUGGGAUCCAGAGGUGGCAGGUGGGAUCCAGAGGUGGCAGGUGGGAUCCAGAGGUGGCAGGUGGGAUCCAGAGGUGGCAGGUGGGAUCCAGAGGUUGGCAGGUGGGAUCCAGAGGUGGCAGGUGGGAUCCAGAGGUGGCAGUGGGAUCCAGAGGUGGCAGGUGGGAUCCAGAGGUGGCAGGUGGGAUCCAGAGGUGGCAGGUGGGAUCCAGAGGUGGCAGGUGGGAUCCAGAGGUGGCAGGUGGGAUCCAGAGGUGGCAGGUGGGAUCCAGAGGUGGCAGGUGGGAUCCAGAGGUGGCAUGUGGGAUCCAGAGGUGGCAGGUGGGAUCCAGAGGUGGCAGGUGGGAUCCAGAGGUGGCAGGUGGGAUCCAGAGGUGGCAGGUGGGAUCCAGAGGUGGCAGGUGGGAUCCAGAGGUGGCAGGUGGGAUCCAGAGGUGGCAUGUGGGAUCCAGAGGUGGCAUGUGGGAUACACAGAAGCUGUGGGGCGAGGUAUAUGCCAAGGACCCCGAUGUGGUGGAGCUGCGAGGGGAGGUGCAGCUGGAGGGCACCGAGCACAAGAAGUUACACUGGUGGCGGGCGCAGGCGGUGCGCUUCAUGCUGAGGUGGCCAUCAGCCCAUCUCUGCCACGUCAUCAACCAACAGAGGCACACCGCCUACGGCAUGCACACAGCCAAUCGCAUCGCGCGGCAAGCAGAGCUUCACUCACAGCUGCAGCAGUCACUGCCACCUCUGCCCCCACCCACUGACUCAAACGCUCCCAGUGCCUCCGCCGCUGCUGAGGCCAGCGCCAUCGCUGCAGCAGUUGCAACCGCAGCAGCAGCAAGGUUUGCUGAUGGAAAUUUCUCCACCGAUUCGACUGCCGCUCCUGCUGCUGCUGCUGCAUGUGCUGCAGCUGGUGGAGGUGCGAGUGGGGCAUCGCUUGUGUGUGAGCCGUACAUGGUGCGGCCCAUCGUGAGCAUGCAUGUGAGGCAGAGCGACAAGCAGGUGGAGAUGGGUGUGUGGUCGUUCGCCGCCCACAUGCUGUUUGCCGCCCGCCUGCAGCGCACCCUCGUGGACCUCAAGCACGUGUGGCUCUCCACUGAAAUGCAGGCGAGUCAGCACGACAAGAUCAAGGCACUGCUGCCCGUGUGCUCUUUGCCGUUCCCAUUCUCAGUGAUCAACGAGGCGGCCACGCCGCUCUAUGCGGGGUGGACCUUCCUCUACGCGGCCAACGGGCGCCUGCCAGAGGGCGCGCUGGACCCGCACGCGUACGACGCGCUGCAGUCGCCCGCUGCCAGCCUGGCGAGCUUGCUCAUUGCAGCGCAGUGCGAUGUGUUCAUCGGGUCGCUGGGGUCCAACUGGAGUCGCCUCAUCAAUGAGCUCAGAGCGACCAAUGGGCGGCUGUAUAACGGGUUUGUGGCCAUGAACCUGGGCGAGUGGUAA